AUUUGGAGAGGGGGAGCCGCCCCGCUGCCGCCGGGGAUCUCGGCCGCAUUGCGCGUCUAUUGUCAGUACGGGCUCGGACCGGCGGAGGUCGUCGCUGUUUUCUCUGGGAGCGGCGGCGGCGGUUUGCUGAUUUGGUAGCGGCUUCGCUUCGCCGGUUUGCUGCCCCUCUAGCGGGUGGGAGGGGCUUGCCGGCCGUGAGGUGGUGGCAUUCUUCGUGCACGGCGGCGUCCAUCGGGAGCGGAUUCGGUGGAAAGGGACAUCGGAAUCCCUGCGCCCGAAAAAUUUAUUGAUCUGCGCCGGCGCCCCCACCCUCCUCGCGUAGGAGCUGCGCCGGCGCCCUGCAAGGCCCCCCGACGGAAGCAGCGCCUGACGCCCUGCAGCCUCCCUCCCGGAUCUCGCCGCCCCCCCUGCAGGACCCCCGACGGAAGCAGGGACCGGCGCCCCUGCAUCCCCUGAUUGAUCUGCGACGGCGCCCCUGCAAGCCUUCCCACCAGUGCAGCGACCGGCGCCCUGCCCUCCACCCCGACCGGCGCUCGACAGAGCAGCGACCAAGCCUGAAUUGAAUGAGUGCCAAGCUCUUCCUGCAGCUGAUGUAGCAAUCUUUAGUCAAAGUUGAUCCUCAGUAUAUGAUACUUCAAGAUGGAACAAAUUCCACUUGGCACCAGAUACAUGGAGUGCAGGCCACGAAAAACUAGCAGCUGUCAAACAAAAGUACUUGUUGGAAAGGAUGUAUUUAAUGAACUAGAGCAAAGGCGUUCAUCACCUAGUGUGAUUGCAAAACUUAUGGGAAUUGAGGUGCUACCACCUUCUAGCGUGGUGCAUAGUUGGCCUCAAGAAUUUAAGGAUGUCUUUGAAGUGUCAGAGGAGCCACCAGAGGCUGUUACAAGAGAGAGGUCCCAUCAUUUCCCGAAAGGCUUGCCAAGCUUGAAACAAAGGGCGCUAAGAUUAAAAAAGCUUAUGCCAUCAAAAACUCUCUGUAGAGAUGAUACACAUGAUUGUCAUGUGGAGUGUACAGAUGGCUUGAUUCACUUGAACUCAGUGGAAAUAAAUAAUCCUUUAUUUGAGAAGCGCCCUCAUGACAUGAACUAUUAUGCAAAUUAUCAGUAUGAGAGAGAUACAUCAAGUGUUUGCAGGACGUACCCUGUGGGUUUAGCCAAUUCUUCGCUCAGCAAUCUCAGACUUCUGUCAAGAGCAAAAAGCGAAGAUUUCAACAGCAUUGUUGUUUUGGAGCCAUGCCUGGAAAAAGGCCAUCAUCCAGAAAAAGUUUUUUCCAUUCCAUACCUUUCUCCUGUUAAUAUGAACUGCAGGAGAGGCAUGAAACAUAUGCAAUCUGAGUAUCCUGUCAUGGAGAAUGGAAGAGUUCAGCAACAUCUGUUAGGUACUGAAGAUAUUAAUGCACCUAGAAUUAGAAAAGAAAGAUUCUUGGCUAGUGACUCCACUGAUCCACUGCAAAUUGGACAGGAAGCAUCAUUUCAUCAGUUUAGCAAUACUGACGUGAGCUGUUCUGGAUCAUCUCAGAGGUAUUCUUGUGAUAAUGAUAGCUUUAGGCAAACUAACAGUAAUAGGUCGUCAUCAGACAGCACGCUGUCAAAAAUACGCAGGCAUGCAGAAUCAGCUGUUGGUUCAAAAACUCUUGCUGAAAUGUUUGCUUUAUCUGACUCUGAAAGACUGAAGCUAAAUUCGAACUCACAUUCUCUGCUUCGACGCAAUAAGAUUGACCACGACAAUGGUCAUAGCAAGGAUGGAUGCUUUAUAGUUUUACCAAAGCAUGCACCUCUGCUGUCUGUCCGAAGCUCAAUGGACAGGAAUUCUUGCUUGGAAGGCUCCUCUCAGGGUAAAAAUAAUCCAAAUAUAUCCAAUAGUUACAACAAUGGCAAAUGUCAGUUUCAUUCUUUCCAGGAUAAACCAAGACUGUGCAAGGAAAUUGGCAAUGGCCGUGAAGUUAACUUGAGGAAUGCUUCCUGUUUCCAAAAUCUGAUGGCAGAUAACUUUUCUAGUCCUGAUUGCUCAAAUGAGAAAGUAUUAUUCACAACAGAUGAAGGUUUAGUGCAACAACGAGCUGAAUCUGAAGCUUCAGGGUUCAACUUGCAGUUUUCUAGGAAGCAACGGGUGACAAGAUUGCCUUUCCAUUGUCAUGAUUUUGAAUCAAUAUCUGUUUCGGAUGAUACUGAUGGUCCCAAGUCUUGCAAAGGCUUAAAAGAGGUUGAGCAACCGAGCCCCGUGUCCAUCCUUGAGCCUCCAACUGAUGAAGAUAGUUGUUUUUCAGGAUGUUUCAACUAUGAUUUGCAAGAGAUGGCUAAGAAACAAGGAGAUGACCAUCAAAAUUAUGAUGAACCUGAUGUUUCCAUGUCUAGUGAUGAUGAAGACCAUUCUGCUUACCAAUCUUUGGAAGCAUUUCAGGUUGAGGAAGACAGGGACUUCUCGUAUCUCCUUGACAUACUCAUAUGCUCUGGUAUCAUAAUUGCUGACUGGCAGCUCAUCUGCAAGUCACGGUAUUCGCCUGGUUGCCCUGUUGGCCCUCAUGUCUUUGAUAGGCUUGAGAGGAAGUACAACAAAAUCGCCACAUGGGCAAAACCUGAGAGGAGGCUUCUGUUUGACCUUGUGAAUUCAAUCCUUUCUGAGAUUCUUGCACCAUGUGUUGAUGUGCACCCAUGGGUGCAGCAUAGUAGACACGGCGUGCCUCUUUGGGGCCCUGAAGGGCCUGUUGAGAAGGUUUGGCAGACAAUUGUUAGGCAGCGGGAAGAUUGUGUUACAGGGCAUCCUGAUGAUAUGGUUCUUGAUACAAACUGGCUAGAAGUAGGCAACGACAUCAAUAUGGUGGGGAAGCAGAUAGCCAGGAUGUUGUAUGGGGACCUCUUGGAAGAAAUCAUAGUGGACUUACUACUGAAAGGGUUGGUAGUUUCAUGAGGACCCAACUAAGAACUUUGCAAUGGGGCAACAUAGGGUUUGCCCAAACUUCAAGCAGAUUAUGCUGAAGUCUGUAACGGCUUUAUCAAGUGCACAUAUGCUGCAUUUUUCUUCUGGUUUGAGAUAGGAGCCAUGUAUCAUAUGUCAUUACACUGGAGAGCAUAAUCUACAUGCCAAAAGACACUACUGUAGUUAUUUCUGGAUUCUGUAGUGACAAAAGCUGUACUAUCCAACACUUUGAUGUGUGUAGUAAACUAGCAAUUUGAGCUAGAUCAUACCUAUCCUUUCUGAGGAUAAUAGUAAAUAUUUAGGAUUCAAUUUUUGCUAAUGAGCAGCACAUUCAAUUUAUGCACACAUGAAAGAUCAUUGUUUC